CAGAGCUAGAAGCCAGAUUGAAAGCGGUGAGGCUGUUUGGCGGGAAGUUGGCUUAGUUCCCUGGUCCCCGCCUUGUUUCUCCCCAGAGGCUUCACAAUCUUGCCUCCACGAUCUCGGCAUAGGGCAUAGUACCCUUUCGCACGGAGGACGCGAUGGCUCCUAGGAAACGCCCAGAAACCCAGAAGACCCCCGAGGUGUCUGUGCGCCCCAAGAGCAAGAGGAGCAGAAGCCCCCGGGAGCUGGAGCCCGAGGCCAAGAAGCUCUGUGUGAAGGGCCCCGGUUCUAGCAGAAGAUUUGACUCGGGCUGCCUUUGGGCGGGGUUGGCUAGCCUGCAGGUCCCGCCACCAUACAGCAUCGUCAGGGCCCUCCACCAGCAUAAGCUGGGCAACACUGCCUGGCCAUCGCUACAACAGGGUCUCCAGCAGGCCUUUCUGCACUCUCUGGCUUCUUACCGGAUAUUCCAAAAGGCUGCCCCCUUUGACAGGAGGGCCACAUCCUUGGCAUGGCACCCAACUCACCCCAGCACCCUGGCUGUGGGUUCCAAAGGGGGAGAUAUCAUGCUCUGGAACUUUGGCAUAAAGGACAAACCCACCUUCAUUAAAGGGAUUGGAGCUGGAGGGAGCAUCACUGGGCUGAAGUUUAACCCUCUUGAUACCAACCAGUUUUUCACCUCCUCAAUGGAGGGAACAACUAGGCUGCAAGACUUUAAAGGCAACACGCUCCGAGUUUUUACCAGCUCAGGCACCUGCAACUUCUGGUUUUGCAGUCUGGAUGUGUCUGCCAGAAGCCGAAUGGUGGUCACGGGAGACAAUGUGGGGCACGUGAUCCUGCUGAACAUGGAUGGCAGGCAGCUUUGGAAUCUGAGAAUGCACAAAAAGAAAGUGACCCACGUGGCCUUGAACCCAUGCUGUGAUUGGUUCCUGGCCACAGCCUCCGUAGACCAAACAGUGAAAAUCUGGGACCUGCGCCAGGUUAGAGGGAAAUCCAGCUUCCUCCACUCGCUGCCGCAUAACCAUCCUGUCAACGCAGCUUGUUUCAGUCCCGAUGGAGCCCAGCUCCUGACCACUGACCAGAAGAGUGAGCUCCGGGUUUAUUCGGCCUCCCAGUGGGACUGCCCUCCGAGCUUGAUCCCACACCCUCACCGCCACUUCCAGCACCUGACGCCCAUCAAGGCAACCUGGCAUCCUCGGUACAACCUCAUUGUCGUGGGCCGGUACCCAGAUCCUAAUUUCAAAAGCUGUACACCCCAUGAAUUAAGGACCAUCGAUGUGUUUGAUGGAAACUCAGGGAAGAUGAUGUAUCAGCUCUAUGACCCAGAAUCUUCUGGUAUCAUUUCGGUGAGGUUUGGGCCCUCAAAUGAUGGGAGGAAGCAGGGCUUCAACCUACCUUCACUGACCAAAAACGACCAGAAAUGUGUGCAGUCCUCACGUGCGCUUCUCCCAAUACCUCACCUCCUCCUGAUGCUUAUGCCCUUGUCUCUGCAGCUCAAUGAGUUCAAUUCCAUGGGGGACACGCUGGCCUCUGUGAUGGGUUAUCACAUUCUCAUUUGGAGCCAGGAGGAAGCUGGAAGGCGGACAUGAGAGACAUUAAUGAAGGUGUGGGCCAAGCCAGAGCUUGGCGCUGCCUGGGAACAAAUCCUGUGAGAAGAGGCGGCUGUGUUUUAAAGGGCCAAAGGUAUCCAAGUCUUAGGGUUGGAGCAGGGACACUGUGGCAUGGGACACUGUGGGACUGGGACACUGGCAUGUUACUGCUCUGGGCUUAGCUCCAGAAACUUCUCCAGGGUUGGUGCCCCAGGUGCCCCAAGGGUCCCUGCUCUAUCUAGCCUGGAGCCAAGCUUGUCCUGGAGCCAAGGUACUUUUCUAUUCUCUGACGUGCAGUGACAGAGUGGUCAGGCAGUGGUUUUCAGUUUGUGCUCACUAUUGACGUGGCUAAUAAAACCAUACCCAACUGA